AUGUCUAAGUUAACAUUUUACGAUGUGGCCAUGGGUGCCCCCCUCCACCAGCGCAACAGCGCCGUCAACCCAUGGAAGUCACGCCUGGCCCUGAACUUCAAAGCCAUCCCUCAUGAAACAAACUGGGUCACACUUCCCGACAUCACAAAAGUGCGCAAAGGGCUAGGAAUCCCUCCGUGUCGCAAGUUCGCCGACGGCACGGACUUCUACACCCUGCCCAUCCUAAUUGACCCCACCACAUCCCAUAAGAUUGGCGACUCGUUCGACAUCGCCGUCUAUCUGAACAAACAAUACCCCAACUCCGGCGGUGAUCUGUUCCCGCCCCAACCACUGGAUUACACUUACGACCCCGGUGCGGCAAUCCUGGUACCGCUCUCCGAGCUCCAACAGAAUGAGUACCCACAGUAUGCGCGCUUCAACGCGAAUGUCGACGCGGUAUUCAGCAUGCAUACCAUAUUGAUGAUUGGGGGUAUGCCAUUCGAUCCCGAAACAGCGGACGAGGCCAAAAAGGAAUUUAUUAGGCGCGCGGGCGUGAGCUCCUGGGAUGAUUUCGCCAUCGGGGAUGAGCAGCGGAAGCAGACGCUGGUAUCUUUUGAGAAAGCUCUCGGCGACCUUGCUCGGUUGUUUACCAACGACGGUCCUUUCAUUCUAGAAAAACUUAGUUAUGCGGAUAUCAUUGUUGGUGGCUGGUUGCGCAUGACGAAUCGCACCUUGCCAGCGGAGGAGUGGGAGCAGUUGAAGGGGUGGCAUGGUGGUGUUUUUGGGAAAUUGCAUGACGCCCUGGAGGUGUAUGCAACUGUCAAUUAG